AACAAAGAAAAUCAUUUUGUUGCAUAAUAGUUUAUUAUUAUGCAACAAGAAGUUCUACAAGCUCUUGCAAAGGAAUGAGUACCCAAUAUGUCGUGUUAAACAGUGAAAUACACGAUUUUUCUCCCAUGGGCAUGAUUUUAUAAAAUAAAAAGAAAUUCUAGUGUCGUUGUACUUAGGGUUUUUUACACGUUAUGGUUGAUACGAUCUUGGUUGCAUUGGUCUAGUUUCGGGGUUUGUUUACAACAGUUUGUGAGGUUAGGGUUGACAGCUUUCAUUGAUUCGGAGUAUCGAUCUUUCCCCCCUUAUUAAUCGAUUUGGGUAUUUCGGACCGCGUAUGCCAGAGAAAGUAAAAAAGUCACUGGUGUGUCUUGUAUAAAUUUCCAACAGAUGUCUCUAGUCGAUUUCGUUUCCUUGACAUCAUGUUGACAGCUGUCAACCUCCAACCUCAAAGGAAAACGUUUUAAUAUUUAUUUAUUAUUUUCCCCAAUUGUACCACCAUGAGUACGUACGAAAUCAGCAAGUCAUCGCUCCUCAGUUUGAAAGCCGAAAUACUAAGAAAGCAAGAAGAGUUAAGUAAAGCGAAAGCGGAGAACGAUGUGAAGAUUCGAAACUUGAAGAAGAAUUCUCCUUUAGAUUUGAAAAAUAAAGGGGUUGAACAACGACAAACGCAGGACACAAGCGAGGACGAGGACUUGUUGAAAAAAUCAAGGGAAACCUUGGAAGCCAAAUCAAAACUAUAUGAAAAAUUAUCAAAGAACACCAGACUAAGCGCCCACGAGUUGGAAUUCAACAGGCGUUACCUUGUUAGAUUUGACAGAAAGUCGCGCGUUCCCGAUUUACCCCCUGAUGAUUCAGAGGAAGAUCGCGAUGACGACGACUUUACUGAUGACAACUAUGAUCCCCCAAGAAAUCCAGAUGAAGAAUGGGUCGAAUACGUGGAUUGUUUCGGGCGCACGCGCACUUGUCUCCGCAAGGAUUUAUCAUACUUAAAAGAAAAAGACAAAGACCUGAAACUCAUCGUCGAUUCGAAACGCAGCCGCAAAAGUAGGAGCCGCAGCCCCCCGCCUCCACCCCCGGAACCCAGACCGAAAACCCCCGAGCCAGAAAUCAGCGAAGACAAUGAGUUAUUAUCCCACGAUAUGCGACGAGAAAUUUUGCGCCGACAAUGGGAGAAAGAAGAAGAAGAACUCAGAAAUAAGGACAACAUCCACUACCAAGACAUCCUCUUCAACGAGGCCCGCUCGCACGGCGUCGGCUACUACAGCUUCUCCAAAGACGAAGACGUCAGAGCAAGACAGCAAGAAAACUUGAAGAAAUUGCGCGAACAAACGAAAGAACAGCAGAAAAAGUCGCAAGAAUUGAAAUCCAUGAGGGAAAAGCAGCUAGCGGCGAGAGUACGAGCUGCGAAAAACCGAAAACGGGAAAGAAUGGGGCUUCCACCUGUGGAAGACGACCCAGAAGCGGCUCCAGAACCCGAGAAAGUAGAAGAAACUCCAGAAAAAGUCGACGAGAAGGAAGCUAAAAAAGAAGAGAAAAGGAAGAAACAUGUGCGACCUUGGGAUAUAGGGAAGGAUGGGGUGAAGAGUCAUUAUGAACACACGCAGGAGGAAUGGGUGGAUAAGAAGCGGAGAGAACGGCCGUCGGAGUUCGCACCACCGUCGUCGUAUCAAAAAGACAGGAAGGGGAGGAGAAGUAGCGACGACGAUGAUUAUAGACCCAAAGAAAAACGAAAAGAACGUGAAUUCAGAUCAUCACCGAUAGUAAACGAAAUGAGCGACGAAGAAGAUAACCUUCUUAAAGAUUAUCGAAAAACGGGAGAAUUCAGUAGGAGUCGAGGUGCGGAGGUUGCGCCCCCUCCAACUUACGAUUAUUACGGUCCUAGUGACAGUAAACGCAAGAAACAAGACAAGAGGCCAAACGACGUGAGUGAGUCAAUUGAAGCAGGUUUGAAGUAUCUCCGCGAACAAAUGGAGAAAAAACAGUCUGGGAAACGUUAUGAAGACAUUUUUCUUUCUUAAUAAAAUAAAAUCAAGGUUUUUUUUA